AUGUUGGUGAAGAUGUUGUCCCUUCGCUCCGCUGUGCGGAGAGCUUCCACCAAGCCCCUCCGAUCCUUCUCCGCACCACACACCUCCCCCCUUCGCUGUGUGGCUGCUCGUGCUCCGGUGUCAACUCCUCUGCGCCAGAGCCGUGGCUACUCUCGUUCCGGCGAUCCUCAACUCAGCUCUACCCGCAACACUGUUGUGCAGCUGUUGAGCAACAUCGGCUCCAAGCGUGAGGUUCAGCAGUACCUCUCCCACUUUACCUCCGUCUCCUCCCAGCAAUUCGCCGUUAUCAAGGUUGGCGGCGCUAUUAUCACUGAGCACCUCCAGACCCUGUCUUCUGCUCUUGCUUUCCUCAACCAUGUCGGCCUUUACCCGAUCGUCGUCCACGGCGCUGGCCCACAGCUGAACCGUAUGCUGGAGGCCGCCGGCGUCGAGCCCCAGUUCGAGGACGGAAUCCGUGUCACCGAUGGCAAGACCCUGGCUCUAGCUCGCAAGCUUUUCCUGGAGGAGAACAUGAAGCUGGUGGAGGAGCUGGAGCGCAUGGGUGUGCGUGCUCGUCCUAUCACCGCCGGCGUUUUCUCCGCCGACUACUUGGACAAGCCUAAGUACAACUUGGUUGGCAAGAUCAAUGGCGUUGACAAGAAGCCCAUUGAGUCCGCAAUCGCUGCGGGCUGCUUGCCUAUCCUGACCUCCAUGGCUGAGACCCCCGAUGGACAGGUCCUCAACGUGAACGCGGACGUGGCGGCUGGUGAGCUGGCCCGCGCUCUGCAGCCGUUGAAGAUCGUUUAUCUGGCUGAGAAGGGUGGUCUCUUCAACGGUGACACUGGCGAGAAGAUCUCCGCUAUCAACCUUGAUGAGGAGUACGACCACCUGAUGACUCAGUGGUGGGUGCGCCACGGUACUCGCCUGAAGAUCAAGGAGAUGAAGGAACUCCUGAGCGAUCUUCCCCGCUCUUCCAGCGUGGCCAUUAUUCACCCCGCUGAUCUUCAGAAGGAGCUGUUCACUGACUCCGGUGCUGGUACUUUGAUCCGCCGUGGUAACAAGAUCAACGUCAAGACCUCUCUCUCUGAGUUUGAGGAUUUGCAGGCGUUGAAGGAUGUUUUAAUUCGUGAUCGUGAGGGUCUCGACGCCCGUGCUGUUGUUGACCGUUACGUCGAGGGUCUUAAGGAGCACGAAUUCAAGAUUUACUACGAUGACCCCAUGGAUGCUCUGGCUGUUGUCCUGCCUCCUCAGAAUGGCUCGUCGAUUGCCCAGAUGGCUACUUUCACCAUCACCAAGUCGGGCUGGUUGACUAACGUUGCUGACAACGUUAUCUCCAGCGUCAUGAAGGACUUCCCCAAGCUGGCAUGGACCGUCAAGGAGGACGACGAGAACCUGACCUGGUUCUUUGACAAGGCCGAUGGCAGCCUGAGCCGUGACGGUGAGGUUCUCUUCUGGUCUGGUGUUGAGGAGGGUGAAGAGGUCAAGCAGCUGGUCCAGGAGUUCACCAAGAACGGCCGCCAGAUGUUCGGUGACAUCAACCUCGAGUCCCGCCUUGCCCGUGCUCACAAGGCCGCUUCCCUGCCCAAGGGCUUUGGCGCCAGCGGUGCCUCUACUGAGCAGAAGCGUGCUUACUCCACCACCUCCAACGUUUUGCGUGCCAGCCGUGCUGUGCGCCCCGCCAUUGCUGUCAAGGGCAUGCGCACCUACUCCACCAACCCCAACCCCCCUCUUGGAGAGAAGAACGCUUCCAACUCCUCCCCUGCCAAGGUUGCUCUCAUCGGCGCCCGUGGCUACACUGGUCAGGCUUUGAUUAACCUGCUCAGCGCCCACCCCAACAUGGAUCUCCGCCACGUCUCGUCGCGCGAGCUCGCUGGCCAGAAACUAAAGGGUUACGCCAAGCGGGAGAUCAUCUACGAGAACCUCAGCCCCGAUGAUGUUCGCAAGAUGUCUGCUAACGGUGAGGUUGACUGCUGGGUCAUGGCUCUGCCUAACGGGGUGUGCAAGCCUUUCGUUGACGCCGUCGACGAGGGUGCCGCCAACGGCAACGUUAUUGUUGACUUGAGUGCCGACUACCGCUUCGACCCCAACUGGACCUACGGUCUCCCCGAGCUGGUCGACCGCUCCAAGAUUGCCCGUGCCACCCGCAUUGCCAACCCUGGAUGCUACGCUACUGCUGCCCAGCUUGGUAUCGCUCCCCUCGUUCCCUUCCUUGGCGGUCAGCCCACCACUUUCGGUGUCUCUGGUUACUCCGGUGCUGGCACCAAGCCUAGCCCCAAGAACGACGUCAACUUCCUCACCAACAACCUUAUCCCCUACAGCUUGACUGACCACAUUCACGAGCGUGAGAUCAGCUCUCAGCUUGGUACCAGCGUUGCGUUCAUUCCCCACGUCGCUGUUUGGUUCCAGGGUAUCAGCCACACCAUCAGCAUUCCCCUGAACAAGGAGAUGACAUCCCGUGACAUCCGCAACAUCUACCAGGAUCGUUACGCCGGCGAGAAGCUCGUCAAGAUUGUUGGCGAGGCUCCUCUUGUGAAGGACAUUGCUGGUCGUCACGGUGUUGACAUUGGUGGUUUUGCUGUCCACUCCAGCGGCAAGCGUGUCGUUGUCUGUGCCACCAUCGACAACUUGCUGAAGGGCGCCGCUACUCAAUGCCUCCAGAACAUGAACCUUGCUCUGGGUUACUCCGAGUACGAGGGCAUUCCCCUGGAGUAA